CAGAGAUUGUAUCAAGAUGUUUAUCAUUUAAUUAGGAUGAUGACUUUUGGAAUAACGUCUUCAUUACGGUAAACAAGAUUGUUUUUGCUUCCAUGUGGAAAGAGAGUGAAAGUGGAAGCGGUGCAUCCGCGGUGACAAUGGAUACAAAUUUAAGAGUUUAUUGUCGUCGAGAUUCCUGGAGACAUCACCAUAAUUUAAUGUUAUUAUCAAUAGAUGUUAAUGUAGUUGUAAACGACCCACCUCCAACGGAUCUCGGGACGGGCCAAUAAAAGUGAACGGUCUCUGAAGACCUUUCACAGCCAUGGAAUCGAUGGGUCGAAGAGGAAUACAAAUUAUUGUUGUUUGCGCGGUGUUAACGACACUCGCGUCCGGCAAAGUGUACGACAGAUGCGAGUUGGCGCGAGAACUGCUCGACGUGCACGAGAUCCCCGAGCACCAGGUGGCCACUUGGGUGUGCCUUGCGAGGCACGAGUCCGAGUACAACACGUCCGCAUUGAAUCCGGGAAGCGGUGAUCAUGGAUUGUUUCAGAUAAGUGAACUGUAUUGGUGUUCCCCGCAUGGAUACGCCUGCGGCGUCCCAUGCAGAGAUCUCCGUGACGACGACAUCGAAGAUGACGUGAUUUGCGCGCGGAGGAUCCACAGGGAGCACAAGAGGUUAUCCGGAGAUGGCUUCAACGCCUGGGUCGUCUACAACGCGUACUGCAAGGAUCAAUACUACGUGCAGUCUUUGGUGGAAGACUGCUUCACAGCGGAAACCAGACUCAUGAAGAACAAAGUAUCAAUGAUACCCACAACCGCCACCCCGAAACCCACCACUAGAUGGACGACAACCUCGAAACCCACAACCAGAUGGACAACAUCUCCAAAAUCCACAAUCAAGUAUUAUCAAACCACAACGUCUCGCAUCUGGACCACCCAGAAGAAAACCACAAAGUACACGACGAAAAGACCGACGACAUUUCAAUACAAGUACUCUAAACCGACAACUGCAACAUCAUCUAAGCAGCAAGAUUACACGUAUAGCAUUCGGAAAACUGGAUUCGUCUUCACCAGAACCAGUUUGCAAUAAUUACAUUAAUUUUCUUCAAUUUUCGAAACGCGUCGAUUAGCAUACCAAGGAAAUGCUGAGAAACAACAAAAAUCAUACAUGCAAUCAAUCAUCCAUCAGAGUUUGCAAUAAAUUAUUUAAAUUUUUUGAAUAAAAACCAAUUACAAAAAAAAAACACACACUCAUAUACAUCUUCUUUUACCUUUCGU